AUGGUUGUUCUCGAUAAACGAAGAACAUUAAUUGUUUCAACGGCUGGUAAUUUUUUUGGCAUCUCAUCACAGCUCGAUUCGGAAAUUGUCGAUUCGUCUGUUCUUGAAAAAUUCUUAAAUCAAUCGUCGUGUCGAAUUUUGUGCGCGCAUCCAUCAUUUCAAGGGGAGGAUGAAACAUUUUUGAAUUUAACCAAUGAGCUUCCAAUUGGAAAAAAUACUCUUGUCUUUUUUAAGAUAACCGAGGCUCGAGUGACAGAUGAGAAUUUUCACGACCUCGUGCAACUGACAUCGACAGGAAAAAAUGGUGGCUCAUCAUUAAUUGAGGCCUUACGUCAAGUUUGGGCCCCGACAUUAAAAUCUUCUGGUGUCGAUGCCUCUUCACUGAGAAAAUUAGAGGAGGACAUUUUGGGACCAAGACCCUCGUUAACCAUCGAGGAGGAGGAAUUAUUUUGGCAUCGUCGUUCCAAAGAAAUAAAAAAAACCGACGAAAGAAGACUUCAUCUCGAGGCCGUUAGUUUUUUAAAAAAAAUACGCGUCGAACUGGAGAGUGCCGCUGUUUCCAAAGAAGGUCUCGCUGGACUGGAAGAGGCACUCGAAGUUGUUUCAGGAUUUGCAGACGAUCUAUGGAAACUGUCGGGUCAAAUUUACAACGAGGAACGUAUGAAGUCCCUGUUGGAUAUUAUUGGAAACGAAGUCGUUACUCUAGUCGAAAAUCUAAUAAAUGGGGAAAAAACCUCCGAUAGUCGAGUGAAGGACGAGACAAUUGAAUUGGGAGCUGCAGCUUGUGAAAAAUGGGUCUCAGUUUCUCAGCGAUUGACAACAUUAUUUUGGCCUCAUUAUUCCCUUCAUUCAUGGAAGGGUCCAGUGUUCACGCCAAAAAAAUGCGCAAAACUUCGCGAUCGAUUAAACGAAAUUGCUGAAUUCAGAGCGCAACAUCGUCAAUUAACGAGACUCUUGACACCGAAAGAGAGAAUUGGUCUUGGUACCAAUUCCAUUCUUGAUGGUUUCAGCGAUAUUGAAGGAUUGGCUGAGGAUCAGAAGGAUUUGGAUUGGGAGAGAUUACGACGUAGAUUCGAGGAUGGUUUGGCACCGGCGGAGAAAAAAGUCGCUGAAAAAUUGAAGACGCAAAUUGCGGAUGCAAAAAAUUCAGCUGCAAUGGCUGAGGAAUUUAGAAGAUAUCGGGGAUUGAUUAAGAGAGAGGGAAUUAAGCGGGAACUUCGGAGUGAACGAGAAGCACUUUUAUCGGCAUAUAAUCAUUUAGUUGAGUCAUGCCGAGCUGGUCCAGACACUGAAAAUCUCCUGGACACUCCACUCAUUCUGCAGGAAAUCCAAACGAUCAGAGCUUCGGAAAUAAAAUUAGACAAUCUCCAAAAACUAGGCAAAGAACUCCUUUCGGAUUUACCAGGUUAUGACGAAGCUGCAGACAAGGUUCUUUCUAUCACGAAGGACGCUGCAAAAAAAAGACAGGAGCUCGUUGAUAAUUGGGUUGCGGAGACAACCGAUGCGAUAGCAAGCAAAGAACUCACGUUGGGAACCGAUUCGGCAGUGGUUGAACUCACGGGAACUAGUAUGAUGAGAGUUAAUUACGAUCCACGUUUGACGACAUUCAUCAGAGAAGCCAGAGCACUGGCUGGACAGGGUGUGGAAUUACCGAAGGAAGUGAAAAAUUUGGUGGAACGGGCAGGAUUAUUGGCGAGUAGAGCCAGAGCACUUCAACAAAUCGCCAACUUUCAUAAUACCAUUGGAGAUCGUAUGGUACCAUCCCAACGACCUUUGAUGCUAUCAGCGGCGCUUGAACUCGCUCGAGCUGUACAGGAACAAUCCGGAGUGAUUUGGUCCGAUCCACAUGCCGUUGAUGCCUACACUGCUCGAUUAAACCGACUUGUAAAGCUAUUCGCUCAACAGAACGCCGAACUGGCAGCAAAGCACACUAGACUUAGUGAUCUAGUCUCAAAUUUACUGAAAGGCGACGCGUUGAAUCUGGCCGUCAAUCAAAACACCUGGAAGGAUACUUUAAAAACUAUGAGGACUAUUGUUGACUCCGUGGAGGCUGAAUACGGAAAUACUAAAGCUUGGAAGUUGCACUGGGAUCGACAAUUGUUGAAGGCGCUAAGCAUCGCAUAUAGAGCCGCUCUUCCCACGCUGAUAAAAAAAUUACCGGAGAUAAGAGUCGAAUUAACAUUUCGCUAUGGCUCUUUGCAAUGGAGACCUACACUGGAAGAAAUUCGUGCUAAGAUUUAUUCUGGAAUUCGUAGAUUUCUAGCGAUACCGACAAAUUUUCGAGGUGUUGGCGAUCCAUCGGAUGCGGAAUUUCAUACACUUGUGCAAAGAUGUGCGUAUCUCUAUGGAGGAGUCUAUAAGGAGGCGGAAAUUGUUCUAAGUUCGCUAGAAGUCCUUCGGUGUAAAUGGAUACCUUUGGCAGCGCCCGCCAAGUUUGAUGCCGGCGAACAACUCAAGGGUAAAAGUCCCCAAGAUUGGGAACGAGCUUUUAAAGAAGCGAAACAAUGGGCACAGGAAGUGGGAAAAUUACGAGGAAGCGAUGUUAAGAUAUGGUGCAUUGUCGUCGACACAGCAACUGCUCGAAAUGAUCUUGAAUCGGCUUCAAGAAGAUACUGGGAGAGAAUGUCUUUUGAUUUGCGUGCGGAGGCUUCUUCGAGAUUGGUAGCAAUUGUCGAUUUCUUGUCAUCAUCAUCUAGAGAACUUGAUAAGAGACCGCAUAAUGUUGAGGAAAUUGGAAUGGCCUAUGAGACUUAUUCUAGAAUUCAGAAAGAUUCGGAGGGAACAGCUCGAGAAUUGGAGGAUGUCACUGGUUUGGCUAGAGUUCUCGCUGCAUGGACUCGGGAUAAAUUAGAAGGUCUAAGUGCCGCAAACGCUACUUGGGAAUGCCUAACAGACAAAUUAGAACGUCAUCAAGCAGUGAUGGUUCGUCAGGUGGAGGACGCGAAAGUGAACCUUCGUCACAAGGCGAUAGCAUUACGUGACGAUCGUGAAAGAUGGGAGAACAAAUGGUCCUCAAAACCCGAGGAUAUCACCAUCGACUGGUUGGAGUCCAUGAAGGAAAGAUGGUCUACUUUGAAAAAUCAGAAACAGUCCCUGAUGUCUGAUUGCCAGAGAAUUGGAUUUGCUUUAGAGGAAAUAUUCCAAGACGAAGAUAAUUCCGAGGUCUUUGAAGCGCAACUAGAGGCAGAGGAGAUAAAUUGUAAAUUCCAAUCCGAAUUCAUUGAAGAGUUGAAGAAACAAGAGGAUGAAGAAUGGACAGUAGCUAGAAGACGACUUGCUAGACUCUACGAUUGGUUAGACUCCUGGGAGGCUAGACUUCAGGUUCACUCAAAUACUCGAGAACCUAACGAAGAAAAAGUUUCCCUAGAAUCAGAAAACUUUGUCAAAAAGAGAAUUCGGGAAAUUAGAACCGGAAUUGAGUGGGUACAAUUAUUUCGAGGGGAUGAAUUGGCGGAGGAGCAUUGGGCGGAAUUGAAACCGAUUUUGAAGUUGAAUUUCAAUCAUCCUAGGGAUAUUACUUUAGGUCAUUUAUUAAGGUGUUAUAAGAAUAUUCAGGAGAAUGAGGAUCGUGUCAAGGAGAUAACAAAGAGAGCAACUGCAGAGAGUGGAAUUCGUCAAGCUCUAGUAGAACUGGAGGCCUGGGAGGGUUCAACCUCUCUUCCUCUACAGGAAUCCUUGGAUAGCAAAAAUAGUAAGAUUUUCCUAGUCGGUGAGUAUGGACCCCUUCUAGCAAGAGCAGGUGAACUCAGACUUUUGUUAGAAGGAGCAAAAGGAGCUCCGGGCUAUGAAAGAUUUGCGUCCAGAGCUUCUAGAUGUGAAGCUGCCUUAUUCGAACUGGAGGAAAGAAUAAAAAUUCUAAGUACACUCCAGAGAAAAUGGGUUUAUCUUGAACCGGUCUACGGAGGUGGAGCAGCACCCAACGAUGCCGGAAAGUGGUUGAGAGCCGAUAAAGAAUUUAGAUACGUCAUGAACGAAGUUAUUAAAGAUCCACGAAUUCCAUCCUUGAGAAAACUUCCCCUACCGGCACUGACUAAUCUAAAAGAUCUUCUAGACAGAUGUCAAAGAAGUCUUGACGAAUUCCUCGAGGAGAAGCGUUCAUCCUAUCCUCGGCUCUACUUCCUAAGUGAUGAAGAUCUUUUAGAAUUGGUAUCAGGAACCGGAAAGGGUCUCGAAACGCAGUUACCGAAACUCUACCAAGGGGUUGGGACGAUAGAAAGGGAGAAGAAUAUUAUAAAGAGUGUUAUCUCCCCUGAAGGUGAAGUACUAACUCUCCCCCAAACUAUAGACACCACCGAAUCUUUGCCCCAAUGGUUGACAAAUUUAGAAGAAGGUAUGAGAAACGCCUUAAGAUACAGCCUCACGAAAUGCCUCUCCGAUUCCUCAGCAGAUCCCACCUUAUAUCCAGCCCAAAUUUUACUACUUAGUGGGAGAAUUCUUUUUACUGAAAAGUGCGAAAUUGCUCUAAAUGAAGGUAAGCAUGCGGUGAAAAAGCUUUUGGAGUAUCUAGAGACUCAGAGAGCGAAAUUCAGGGGCCUGGAGGAUUCCGGAGAUAAACUGACAUCACUGAAAGCAAGGGGUCUCUUGCUGGACACUGUUCAUCAUUUGCAGGUGACCAGAAAUCUGCUAACAAUCCUGACAAAUAAGGAAAAUGUUUCUUGGAGUUGGAGUAGACAAUUAAGAAGUUAUCGUGAUGGAAAUGGUGCGAUUAUUAAAUGUGCUGGAGCGGAAUUUCCUUAUUGGUUCGAGUACCAAGGGGCUGCUCUGGGUCUGGUUCGAACACCUUUGACAGAAAGGUGCUUCUUGGCCCUGACCCAGGCGAUGAAGUUAGGUCUAGGUGGAAGUCCUACCGGACCGGCAGGAACAGGAAAGACCGAAAGUGUAAAAGCUCUGGGAGCAUUCUUAGGCCGACUUGUCAUUGUUUUCAACUGUGAUGAAGGAAUGGAUGCUGGAAGUAUGAGGAGAAUUCUCGGAGGACUUGCUCAGUCUGGAGCUUGGGGAUGUUUUGAUGAAUUCAAUCGUCUUGAGGAAGAGACGCUAAGUGCUGUUGCAAUGUUGAUAAGACCUCUACAAGAAGCAGUGAGAGAUGGAAACAGUAAUGUUUCACUAGGCGCUCAUAAUAUACCUCUGGAUCCACAUUGUUGCGUUUUUAUCACUAUGAAUCCUGCCAGUAAUGAUUAUGGGGGUCGGCACAAAUUACCGGACUCCUUAGCACGUCUAUUUAGACCCAUAGGAAUGGCACAUCCAGACAAGACAAACAUAGUCCGAGCACUUUUAGAAUGCGCGGGAUUUCUAGAAGCCUCGAAUUUAGCUAAUCAACUCGUAGAGAUUAUGGACAUUGCAGAGAAAUUGUUAUCCAAACAGCCUCACUAUGAUUGGGGUCUUAGGCAAUUGAGAUCCGUUCUUGACGCUCUGCCCCCUAACACAAACACUGAUAAAACCGAAACUAUGAGACUUUUAAUAGCCAUCAAGUCAUCGACUCUACCAAAGUUGAGUGAUGAGGAUACAAGUAAAUUUUUCGCUCUCCUACAGGACGUUUUUCCGAAAAUCAAUUUGUCCACUAUUGAUUCUUCAGAGAGGACGGAUUUGCAGAAUUGUUUGAUGGAACUUUGUGAAACAAGAGGUUUACAUGAGGAACUUAUUAGUAGAUGUCUUCAGUUAAAUGAUCAACUACAGAAUCGGACCGGUGUUGCGAUUGUCGGACCCCCUGGAAGUGGGAAGACUUUGGUAAGGAAACUAUUAGCUGAAGCUUUCGCAAAGACAGGACAAACGAUUUCACAAGUUGUUGUCUAUCCGGGAGCAGUUGCAAAGUCGAAAUUAUUAGGGAAAGUCGAUUCCCAAACACGGGAAUGGAAAGAAGGUCUGCUAGCAAAUGGAGUGGCGUCUGCGAACGAUGGUCAGACUUGGAUUGUUCUAAACGGAGACGUGGAGCCCGGUUGGGCAGAGGCUCUAAAUUCGGCCCUAGAUGACAAUCGAAUACUCACUCUUCCUAACGGAGUCGGAAUGAGACUUGGUAGUGGUACACGGUUUAUUUUCGAGACACAUAAACUCGAUGCUGCCAGUCCAGCAACAGUUUCACGACUUGGAGUCCUUCAUCUUGGAUUUGCAUCGAUUUCGUCCUUGAUUACUCCGGGUAUUUUGGAAGGUCUGCCAGUAAUUGGAAAGGACAUUGCGAAUACUCACCUAAGUAGUUGCAUAAAACAAGUUUUGAGGUUCAACAAAGAAUACUCAUCAGCGUCAGGCUUGAUCAAUGGUACUUUGCCCCAUUUGAUGAAGGCUCACACCCAGACAUUAGGAACCUUUUCCUUAUUGGCUCCCCUAUGCAGUCAGAUCAAGGAUCCUCAAAAAAGAGACCAGUUGGCUAGAUCCAUAUACCAAUUAACAGACUGCUGGUGUCCUGAUCCUCAGAAACCUUUUUCGGUUCUCUAUAAUCCAGAAACAGAUCGUCUAGAACCCUUGGGUAGUGCCAAUCAGUCUGUUAUGACAGAAACUGGACCCGUUUUCGUAUCGGGAACAAUUCAGAAAGCAGUGGCGAUAAUCCUUCCCUGGAUUGAAAGUUGUAGAUCGGUUAUUAUUCGAGGACCUGAUGGCUGUGGAAAAAGUGCUUUGAUAAGUGUGAUAGCGUCAUCAGUCAAGGAUAAUGAGGGUGAAUCUUUGUCGGUGGUUAGAGGAUCUUCACUAUACGGACCACAGGAUUUAAUUGCAAGAUUGAAGAGGGUUUGUGUUCAGAUGGAAUCGUCAUCGCAGGGUAGAACCUAUCGACCUAGAAAUGGUUCGAGAUUAAUUUUAAUUCUGGAAGAUCUUCAUUUGGCCUCUAAGGAUCUGCAAGAGCUUCUUAGACAAUUAUUGCAGGAGGGUGGAUUCCAUGAGGAUGAUUUAGAGUUCGCGAGUAUUUCUUUAUCGGUCAUUUGUACUGGUGAUUCGAAUACGAGAAUUCAUCCGAGGUUGAAUGCUCUUCUGAUGGCACACUAUCUACCUCGACAGGCAUCGAAGGAUAUGGUUGCGAUAAUAGAACUUCAUAUGAGAAGUGCAUUGAAAAAGGAUGACGUUAUGGUCGAGUCUUGGAUUUCUAGGGUGGCCCCAGCAAUGGUAGAGGCGUUUGGGAGCAUUUUUCCGGAGGAAUUAUCUUCUCGGUGGUCGUACAAGGACUUAGCACUUUGGUCUGAUUCACUUAAGUAUUAUUCUUCCGCUGAGGAUGAAUCGGACUUGACUUGCCACUUGAUUUACUCGGGACGACAGCUCUUUAGACCCAAAUUGAAGCCAAUUAAUAUUGAUAAGUGGGAAAUGAUAAUAACAUCUAGGGUGAGGAAUGAAAAGAGUUUAGAUGACGUUUUUGUUUGGAAAGGAGGAAGUGGUUUGUUGCCCAUGGAGAGGGAGUCUUGGAAGAAUGAAAUUGAGGGUGCUGCUGCAAAGUGUGCGAGAGAAGGGGAUCCCCUACAUGCUGUGAUUUCGUCUCAUCUUUUACAGAUGACUGCCGAGAUUAGCUGGGUCCUAGGAAUAGAACAACGAGGAAUUGUUUUGAUUGGGAGACCUGGUGCUGGUCGCAAGGCAGCUGUGAAGUUAGUUAGCACCCAUUUGUCGAUGAAUGUGGUGUCCUGUGGUCCAGACCGGGGGAGAUCAGCCAUUAAGGCUGCUGUCCAAGGAUCCGCAAUUGAUGGCGAACCGACAAUACUCCUUUUGGAGGAGCAUCAUAUUAGGAAGGAAGGUUUGGCGAUUUUAGCAGGUGCUAUCAUUUCCCAAGGCGAAAUACCAGGUUUGUUGACUCCAGAAGAGUUAGAUGGGCUGGUUGCCCCCUUGGCGGAACUAGCUCGAAGGGAGGACUUCUCAGGAACACUGGAACAGUAUUUUUACCAUCGAUUGCGAACUCUACUAAAAGUGAUGAUUAUUUUGGACGUUCACGAUAUGAAUGCUCCAUGGUUAUCGAGGUCAAGUCUUUUGAAGCAUUGUAUCAUUGUUGGUUGUGGUCCAGGAAGAGAGUGGUGGACUUUGGAGAAGUCGCUAAUUGACUUAGCGGCCCAGCACACAGAGGAAGAUGCCGAAAAUAGCUCUUCAGGUGUAAAAGACUUGGUUCAAGCUCACUUACAAGCUCCUAGACACCAACAAGCUCCGGCUAGAUUCCUAGCUCUUUUGAACGUAUGGGUUCAGCUGCGGGAGAAGUGGACGAAGGAAAUAGAAGAAAAACUUCAGACCCUCGAGGCUGGAAUUAGUAGACUUCGAGAAGCUGGGGAAAGGGUGGCCAAAUUGGAAGAAGAGGCGGAUAAGCAACGUCAAGAGUUGGAGGUAGAGAAAGCGAAAGCUAAUGCUGCUUUAGAGCAGAUUACAGCUACUAUGCGAGGAGCUACUGGCCAACGAGGGGAAAUGACGACUUUGAAAGCGGCCACUGAGCGGGAAAGUGCGGAACUAGCUCGUCGAAAGGCAGAUAUCGAAAGUGAAUUAGGUAACGUUGAACCUCUAGUUGAACAAGCUGCCCAUGCCGUUGCCGGUAUUGGUGCCGAUGCCCUUUCUGAAGUUCGAUCCUUAAGAGCGCCACCAGCGCCUGUUAGAGACGUUCUAGAAGGAGUCCUGAGACUGAUGGGAAUUAGAGAUACCUCUUGGAAUAGCAUGAAGACUUUCCUAGCAAAGCGAGGUGUCAAGGAGGAAAUUAGAUCAUGGGAUGCAAGACGCAGUUCGCCAGCAAGUCUAGAUGCUGUUGAUAAACUCGUUAAAGAACGUCCCGAAAGUUUUGAAGAAAAAACCGCAAAAAGAGCUUCAGUUGCAGCAGCACCUCUAGCUGCUUGGGUCCUCGCAAAUCUUCAGUACGGAAAAAUCUUGCAACAAGUUGCUCCAUUAGAAAAGGAGCAACGGACCCUGUCGCAGAGUCUAGCUGCUGCAGAAGCCCAAUUAGGAAAAUUAGCCGAGGGUCUUAAUACUGUUGAAAGUAAAGUGGCGCAACUUCAGGAGCAAUUAGCCGCCCAUUCUAGAGGGGCUGCCGCUCUACAGUUGAGAUCAGAAGCCACUGAAAGUAGUCUAGCUACUGCUAGGGCUCUGCUUCAGAAAUUGGAUACCGAGCAUCGUGACUGGCAAAAGCAGUUUGAAGGACUAACUACAAGGAAAACGAUUUUGAGCAUAGAGGCUGCGGAUGCUGCCGCGCUUUUAGUUUAUCAAGAUCCGACCAAGGAUGAUCACUGGAGGAAAUCAGUGCUCGAUCUUCUAAUCAACGAAAGAGAGCGUUUACUCUGGAGAGCUCAAGGUCUACCAGUCGAUACUGGAAGUUUAGUUGGAGCCGCCUGUUCUUUAAGGGGACCAUUAGUUCCCCUCUUUAUGGACUCAUCCGGUGUGGCAAUUACCUGGUUACGUUCAAACAUAGGAUCAAGGCUCGAAUUUACAAAAACCGACGAUACCAAAUUCUUGACCACAGUCGAGUUGGCGGUGAGAUUCGGAAAGCCACUUCUAGUAGAGGAUCUUGCCAGUUUCCCAUCAAUUCUACUUCCAUUACUUCGUAAAAGACCUCUUAGACUCGGAGACAGAAUUCUUCCAAUUCAACACGGUUUUCAGUUAUUCCUCGCCACGAGAAGAGAACGUUUAGACGGACUUCCAAGUGAGGCUGAUGCUGUUUUAGUUCGUGUCACCCUGGGGGCUGGUACCAGAAGUCUAGCGGAGAAAUUCAUCGAGAGAGUGAUUUUGAAAGAAACCCCUGAAAUUGAAGUCCAACGAAGGGAGGCUUUAGAGAGGGAGGAGAAAUUAGCUGGGGAAAGGGACGCAGCCAGACUAGAUCUGCUAGUGCAGCUCGGAGCAGCCAGAGGACAGGAUCUUCUACAAGAAUCACAGGGCUCACAAAGUUUACUGUCUUCCCUAGAGGCAACUCAGUCGAAAGCAAAGGAAAUUGCUCACGCCUUAGAGAAAAGUCGACACAGCUUAGAGGACGUAACCCGAAGAAUGAAGGAACACGAAAAACUCGCUAAAUUUUCCGCUAGUUUUUUCAAGUCCGUGAAAUUUUUGAAUUCUCUAAGUCCCUUCUACGUAUUCUCCAAUGAAGUACUAACCGAUAUUUAUCUCGAUGCCGAGAAGGAUCGGAAUUCUCUCAAGGAGGAGAAAGUCGAAAAGGAUAAAUACCUCGAAAAAAGUCUGGUGGCUCUGACCCUACAACACUGUUCGAAGACUGCGUACAGAAAACAUCGACUAGCUUUGGCUCUUCAUCUCGCAUUGACUAUUUCUCCAGUAUCUGAUGCUGAGAAACAUUUGCUUUUGAAUGGAGAAAAUUUGUCUGUUAACAAUUCGUCGGAAUUCAAAACACCUGAUUGGAUACCAGAGGAAAGGAAAGUUGCUGUUAGAGCUCUCACAUCGACAUUGCCUCAGAUGGCGGCAAAAAUGAAAGCCAGUUGGUUUGAAGAUGUGGGACAUAUUUAUGCUGAGAACACGAUCAAUCCUUUUGAGAAGGUGUUAGUCAUUCAGGCAAUUCGUCCCGAUCAUCUUCAUGCGGCUCUUUCCAAAUGGGCAGCAGAUCAACUUGGUGUCAGAAAUUUAGCUCCACCUACAUGGACCCUAAAAACGGUGGCAGAAGAAUCGGGAACGCAUCCUAUUUUACUGUUACUAUCACCCGGGGCGGAUCCGUCACUGGAAUUGAAGUCCCUUGCUGCACAACGAGUUUCACAAGCUGCGGGAUUUAUUGAGGUAUCAUUAGGCCAGGGUCAAGUGAAUCAAGCCGAAGCUGCUCUUCAAGAAGCCUGCAGGAGUGGGAGUUGGAUCCUUUUGAGCAAUCUCCAAUUAGCGCUAAACUGGCUCCCUCGUCUCGAAAGUUUUCUCCGAUCUCCAAUGUGCACCAGUGACAAAAACCAAAGUACUAGAAUUUGGCUGACAACCGAGGAAUGCUCAGGAUUCUAUCCAGGUUUAGCGGGACUUUGUCUAAAAUUAGCGUACGAACCACCGGAAGGUGUCAAGAGGAACGUAAAAAAAUCCCUGCAACAGUUACAACAACGUCAGACCGAAUUGGGUGAUAACAAAAAAAUGGUUUUGUUAUCCUGGUUGCAUGGGAUUUUACAGGAACGAAGGAGAUUCGUGCCUCAGGGUUGGAUCAAGGAGUACGAUUGGAGUGAAGCUGAUCUAGAAGCCGCUUGUCAAUUGGUAGUGAAGGGAAGAUCCUCGAAGGAAUACGAUGAUUGGGAGGAGGGCAGGGGACUUUUGGACGUGGCGGUUUAUGGCGGUCGUCUUCAGGACGAUUAUGACAUGCGGGCCCUAAGGUCAAUAUUACGAAACAUCUGGAACAAAAAAGUGUACCAAGGUCAACAAAAAUUAGGCAACAUUCUCAAUGUUCAGGAAGCAACUCUAGGAGAUCCCGUGCGUGCCAUAGAUCGACUCAGUGAUGUCGAAUCACCGCAGGAUUACUUUGGAUUACCCGCUAACGCUCAUAGGAACUGGGAGAAGUCGGCUUCUAAAAGGACGUUAGCUCUAUUGAAAGAUAUAGCGAUGCGAGCUUCGAGUAAAGAGGACAAGAAGCACAGGAAAAUGGAGACGAAAACAGAGCGAGAUUUAAAGAAUCUGAUUCAUCAAUCCCUAACAGAUGUUAAACCAAUCGAGGACUCGGCUCCAAAUCCCCUAAGCGGUUUUUUCAAGGACGAGAGGAACUUGGCAAUGAAUUUGCUAAGAAUCGUUCAAUUCGAUAUUGAAUCGCUUCAUCUUGAAGGAUCGAAGGUUCUAAAGCGUUGGAGCAAUGAAUGGCCUACCGGACCAUCAGAAGUAGUUCCAUUUGUUAAUGGACUAAUAACCAGACAUCAGGCCCUUUGUUCCCUAAACUCAGGUCUACCGAAAAGAGUAAAUUUAUUCUGGUUCACCCGACCACGAGCAUUUUUAGCCGCUUUGAAACAAUUUACAGCCCGAGAAACUGGACAAUCGCUUGAAAAUCUUCGACUCCGGGCCAAUUGGUCUGAAAGUACAUCACCGGAAAAUUGGAAAACAUCGAUUGUUGUUGAUGGUCUUCUCUUAACAGGUGCAAUCAUAAGAAAAGGUUUUCUGAAGGAAGUUUCCAUGGAUGACGCACCAGUGGUAGCAGCACCAGAAUGUCAGAUUGCGUAUCUACCCGAAGAUGCAAAUUUAGACGAAAUUUCCAGAGAUGAAAAUUUGGAGAAUGAGGGAAUUUUGGAUGUUCCGGUUUAUAUUGAUGCCCAGAGAAGCGUUUUAAUUUGUUCACUACCUGUCGGCUGUCCUAGGGACGAAAGAGACGUUUGGCUACGUCGAGGAAUUGCUUUUCAUUUAACGUCCUUCUAG